CUCUCCGAAGGCCCAAAGAAGGGGGACGCUGACCGAACCAAGCAAAGAGAGACCCAACGAGGCUCCGCACCGGUUAUCAAAAAUUUCAGAGCUGGCAACUCCAAGUUUUUUGUCUCCACAAUUUUGUAGGAGAGGAAUCCGGGGCAGUACCGGAUGACAUUCCUUCCCCUAAAUACGAGAGCUAUUAUGAAGGGUUUUCUACACGAGCCAAUUUCAUCAUCACAAAAUCGAAGCUGUCUUUGCUCAGGACACAAAGUAACGAUCCAUCACCUCUAAUCCACAUACUCAGGGGAAGUCUUCGUUGGCCUUGCUAUCUUGCUGUCGGGCAAGAAAGGCGUGUGGAUUGAUUCAUUAUUUCGUUAGUUUGCUUUGGAAUAACAGCAAGGGCCAAAGCGAGCAGUAUCGUGGACCAUGACAGAUCUACCCCCUCUACUACGAACUUGCCAGGGCAAACACGGCGUUGCCGCUCCCCCGAUCACCCACAAGCGGAAGUUCCACCAAGGAGAACAUCAAUGCCCUGAUUCCCCUGUUCCUUCAUUGGGUUCCGAGACGUCGCUGUCUGAGGAAGAGGAUACCCUGCAACCCCAGAAACGCCAGAAGCGUGGCCCGUCGCGACGAAGAGUUUCCUUUGAGUUGGGUCCUUCUACCGACAAACUAAGCACGCGUCUCUCUGUCUAUGAUAAGUAUGAUGAAGAGCUGGCCGGUGACAUUUGGUGGUCAAAGGGUGACCUCAGGGAUAUAAUGAAGCGGGAAGGGCGUCUAGUAUUGGAGCUCAAGAUCAAUCCGGUGGGUAGUGCAACCUGUGUGGCAUCGUCCCUGAAAAGGUCCAUCAAUGAUGUCUUUAAAAAGUGCGUUGAUGCUCCAAGUGCAGUCCAUCAAGACUGCCCAAUCUUUGAGUUCAUCAAUGACAAGUCCUUGGGGAAGAAGAGCCAAGCACCGGGUACAACUCCCUCCAAUCCAGGCCUUACCACAACACGAGGUUUGGAACGCUACGUCGCGCCCAUUUUGGGGGCCCAUCGCGAGAUGGUCGUCAAGAGUCUCUUGACAACACAGCAACAAUUGGCGGACCAUGAUCCCAAUCUUCGAACACAGGUUCUGGGUGCUCGCUAUCAACACAUGUCCAAGGUUGCAACCAAUUUUGCUAUUGUCAUGGCCCGUUGCGACGCCAAACUUGCGGCGUCCCUCUUGUAGGCUUUCAUUGCAAAUGACAUGACAAUGUCCUUGCGCGUUUCAGUUUCAUGUUACCAAACUACACUCUUUCCUGUUUGUUGUGCCGACUACCCUAUGCUUGCAAUCACCUGCAUCCGAGAUACACAUCUUUCCAUGUUACCAAUCUACACUCUUCCCUUUUUGUUGUGCCCACUAUGCUUGCAAUCACUUGCAUCCGAGAUACAUCUAUUCAUCAGAUAAGCAUUCACAUUAUAGAUACUAUAGAAUAACUCAAUUUUUAAUCAUGCCUAACCUCCC